UAACGCAAAGCCAAAACAGAGGAACACUUAUGUUUCAUAAGAUAAAGAGACCUAAAGAGAUCUAAGACAGUACUUCUCUUUUUAGCUUAAGGAGAAAAUUAAAAAAUAAAGGAUGAGUUUGUGGGGAGUGAUGGGAGCAGGAUGGGGAAUAGUAGAAGAAGGUUGGAGAAAAGGGCCUUGGACUGCCGAAGAAGACCGUCUUUUGAUCGAUUAUGUGCGGCUUCACGGUGAAGGCCGAUGGAACUCUGUUGCAAGGCUCGCAGGGUUGAAGAGAAAUGGCAAAAGCUGUAGGUUAAGAUGGGUUAAUUACUUGAGACCAGACCUGAAGAGAGGACAAAUCACUCCUCAUGAAGAAACAAUUAUCCUUGAGUUACAUGCUAAGUGGGGCAACAGGUGGUCAACAAUCGCUCGUAGUUUACCGGGAAGAACAGACAACGAGAUCAAGAACUAUUGGAGAACCCAUUUCAAGAAGAAGACAAAAUCUCCAACUAACAAUGCGGAGAAGACGAAAAACAGAAUCUUCAAGAGGCAACAGUUUCAGCAGCAAAGACAGAUGGAGUAUCAGCAAGAACAACAGUUGCUUCAAUUAAACCAAAUCGACAUGAAAAAGAUCAUGUCUUUACUAGAAGAUGAAAACAACCACAACAAUGGUGAUAGUAACUUCAGUACUAGUAGUAGCGGUAGUAGUGGUGAAGGCGGUGCGUUCUAUGUUCCUCAUCCGAUCACACAUUCAUCAACAAGCUCUGGUUAUGAAUCAAAUGGUAAUGGGUUUUUCCCAGUGGUUUCAGUGCCAUUGCCUGAGGCUAAUGUACAUGAAGAAUACGGGAUUUGGGAUGGUUUGUGGAAUCUGGAUUUGGAAGGACAAGGAAGCUUUAAUGAUGGUGCUUGCGUCCCAAGGAAACCCUGUUUCCAGAACUUGGGCGUACCCUUUUGUUAACUUGACUUCAAAGAGUCUUUUACCUACCGGAAACCAAAAAUAUGAAACUUGACUGACAAGUUCGGUUAAGUUUGAGUUUGGUUUUGUUUUUAUCUUUUCUGAUUUUGGGUUUACUAUUAGUAGUUUUGUUAUCAAUUGUGUGUGAUGUUAUAAGAAGCUUAUUUGGGCAAAGCCAAGUUAACGAGUGAUGUAGUAGAACGUCUAUGGAAGAAUAGUCUUAUCAAGUUGAUCAAAUAAAG